AGUGGAGUUUGCACACUUUCAAAGUGGUCGCUACAGUUGUUUCCUAUAGAUGUUAUUAACAAGUGUACGUUGUGGACGUUUUAUCCCAUGGAAAAAAGUACCUGGUAGUUUAUGGAGUGGUAAAGAACGCAAAAUUCCGCGUUUAACUAAUGCACGUAAAGAAGCCUUUUUAAAUGAACUUUUAAUAUCACAACAAAAUCAUAAAUAUUUGGAAAAACCAUAUUUCAGCGAAGAGGUAGAAGCUGCUACAUUAGCUGAAGAGCGGAAACGUGAACUACAAAUGGAAGAUAAAAUAUUCUAUGAUCGUUAUGCACAACAAUUUAAUAGACGUUUUCCAACACGUCAAAUUGAAAACUUUUGGGAUAAGUUAUUAGUUACCAAGCGUUUCGAUGUUUAAAUGGUCACGUCGCAUCACACCACAUCUCAGCAUCAAUUGAACUGGCUAGCUAACUAACCAACUGCCUAAAUACCGGAAAAAAUCUAACAUUUGUACAGCUUUUUUGUAUGUUGAAGGCCUUUAUCAUUACCUUCCCUUUUUUCAGUAGAUCGAUUUCAAAUACAUAUAAUUUUCGA